ACACUUCCAUCCUGGAAUACGAGCCCGAGAGAAAGCGCUGGGCGGAGGGACAAGGACCUGCCUUUCACUCUACAGCGCAGACACAAGAUCAGUCUGCCCUCGGCUCUGGCUUGCAAGGCACGAUUAUUAGCCCUCUAUAUUAUUGGCCGCCAGUCAGUUCGGUGACAGACCGCAGAUGCACGCAUUCAAACGACAUCCGCUCUGUUUCUGAGCCAAGCAGAUCAUGCAGGAACAGGCUGUUUGACUUCCAACUAGCGAGAGCACUGAACGAGGGAGGAGGACGGAAGGAAGACGGCGAAGAGGAAAGAGGAGGAGAAAACAGCCGGAGAAAAGUUUGAAAAAAGACACGAGACGUUACCGGUUGGUCGUAAAAGUUUACGGUGAAUAGGGGCUGUUCAAAGCUGGUAUCGCUUGGGCAAAUCCAAUCUCGGAGUGUCUGUCGUUGGUCGGUGCCGGGUGGAGAGGGAUUUUUAUUUUUUUAAACUGAUAUUCGGCAGCUGCGGGGCACGCGCCUGCUUCUGUUUGGGGAUUAGAAACGUUCGAAAACCAGGAUGCGGAGCGAUCCCAUUUUGUUCGCUUCUAGGGCCAUGGAGGAGUUGGUGUGUGAGCUGCGCCUGUUCCUGGACCUACUGGACCGGGAGUACCUGAGCGCCGGAGUCCGGGAGAAAAAGAUGCUCAUCUCCAACAUCCUCCACAGGGUCGUCAACGCCAAAGAGCCCUCGUUCAAGUCGGAGAUCCACAGCUGUCCCCCGGUGCCCCCCCAGAUGCCUCUGCCUGAGAUCCCGCACCCCUGGCUGACUUCAGACAACGGGCCUCCUCCUCUCCCCAGCUCCUCUCUCCCAGAGGGCUACUAUGAAGAGGCCGUUCCCCUUACUCCUGGAAAGGCCCCGGAGUACAUCACCUCCAAUUACGAUUCGGACCAGAUGAGCAGUUCCUAUGAGUCUUAUGAUGAGGAAGAGGAGGACGGGAAAGGGACCCGGGGGAAGAAAAUGCGUCACCAGUGGCCCAGCGAGGAGGCCUCCAUGGACCUGGUCAAGGACGCACGCAUCUGUGCCUUCCUGCUGCGCAAGAAACGCUUCGGCCAGUGGACCAAGCUUCUCUGUGUCAUAAAGGACAAUAAGCUGCUGUGCUACAAGUCAUCAAAAGACCAGACGCCACAGAUGGAGCUGGUCUUGUCUGGCUGCAGCAUCACACACGUCCCCAAGGACGGCAAGAAGAAGAAACAUGAGCUGAAGAUAGUCCACCAGGGGGCAGAUGCCCUGGUCCUGGCCGUGCAGAGCCAAGAGCAGGCUGAAGAGUGGCUGAAGGUGAUGAGGGAGGUGUGUAGCAACGGCUGGGACUCCGACGGCGCUGGCUCCGGGUCUCCUGUACACAAGCCCGACCUGGAGACGGUGAGGAGCUCAGACACACAGCAUGUACAUACCGGCAAGAAGCUGUCGUGUGAUAGGCCGAGUUCGGACGGAGAGCCCCCCCACGAGAACGGCCAUGCGGUCAGCGACUGUAGGGACCAAGGGAAAGGAAAAAAGGACUCCCAGAAGAGUCUGAAAGGAGGGACACUGGGCAAGGGAGCAGGAAAGAAAAUCACGAAAAUCAUUGGCCUGGGCAAGAAGAAGCCUUCCACUGACGAACAAACCUCUUCAGCUGAGGAGGACAUCCCCACUUGUGGCUACCUGAACGUACUGUCCAACAACCGCUGGAGGGAGCGCUGGUGCCGGCUGAAGGACAACCAGCUGCUGCUCCACAAGGACCGGGCCGACCUGAAGAGCCACAUGGCCAGUCUGCCCCUGAGGGGCUGCGAGGUCAGCCCCGGCCUGGACUCCAAACACCCCUUUGCCUUCCGCCUGCUGCGCAACGGACAGGAGGUGGCGGUGUUGGAGGCGUCCUCUUCAGAAGGUAUGGGUCGGUGGCUGGGGGUGCUGCUGGCCGAGACUGGGUCAACCACGGACCCUGCUACUCUUCAUUACGACUACAUAGACGUGGAGACCACCGCUAACGUCAUCCAGCUGGCCAAGCAGUCCUUCUGCUUCACCAGCAAGCGCGCCGUGUCUCCUAACCCCUACCUGGACAACCUGGUGAACGGUUACGCCUGCCCCUCCGGGAUGGCUCUACACUACGACGACGUGCCAAUCAACGGAACGGCUCCGGAUUCCCUGUACUCCAGCCCUGCCACCGGGGGGCGCCACCUGACAGAGGAGGCGUUGUAUGAGAACGCCGAACCUGACCCUGACCUCUAUGAGAACAUGCCUUCCCCCAAGUUGGCCGCCCGCUACUCGCCCCAGCCAAGCCGUAUGGCCUUGGGUUCCUCUGGCCACUACAAAACCCCUGGCCCUCUCAAAUCCAAAUUCCUCUCCUCUGCCUCUUCCUCAGCUAACACUAACACUAAAACUGCUCAGCUAAAAGGAAAGAAGGCCACAGUGACCAAUGGAACAGCUUCUAAACAAAAAGCUGACAAAAACCAGGCGAAGAAAGCCAACGGAACAGCCUCCAACGGAACAUUAUCUGUGAAACGCCACGACUCCAGUGCGGAGCAGUAUAAAUACGGUAAGAACCGCGUGGAGGCGGACGCCAAGCGGCUACAGGCUAAAUUGGACGAGCUGAUGAAGAGGAAGCAGGACAUCAGGAACCGUCUGACGCAGCUGAAGAAGGACAGGAAGGACCUUCGCACUGCCAUGGAGUCUAGCACCGGGAAGCGUUCCACGGCAUCUCUGGCAGAACGGCUGAAGAAGGUGGAGGAUGAGUGCAAGCUAAAGGAGGAUGAGAGGGUGAGCCUGGAGCUGGAGCUGACGGAGGUGAAGGAGAGUCUGAAGAAGGCCCUGAACGGAGGAGUAACCCUAGGCCUUACCAUUGAGCCCAAGUCUGGAACCUCCAGCCCCCAGUCGCCAGUGUUGCUGAGGCGGACCCUAGAGAACUCUCCCAUCUCCAGCUGUGACACCAGCGACACAGAGAGUUGUUCUACUCUGCCGGUCAACAGCGCCUCCCUCCUCCGCAGAACGGCCAAUCAGAAACCUGCGGCCGUCCGAGGCCAUGUCCUCAGGAAGGCCAAGGAAUGGGAGAUGAAGACUGGCACAUAAACCCACUCGCUUCACACCUGCCCUAUCGUUACGGCUUUAACAAAAGUGUUUUAUGUGUAUAUAUUUAUUUAAAACAGUUCAUCUGGGCAAGAGGGUUAAAAGGAGUACAGAAAAGCACAGUAUAGCCAAUGACAAAGACAAUAGGGAAGCCGCUGAUUUAAAUUCACUUUGUUUCCGCAACAUAGAGGGACAUGACUCUGUAGCUUACCAUUGUAUAAUACCAAGGGUUAUGUCUGGCAUGUUUCCACUACUCUGUCAAGGCGUUUUGUUUGUCAAGCGGAAUUCCACUUUCAUUCAGGCCAUUUUGUCUGUUUCUCCAACACAUAAAAAAAAGAAAAGAAAAUCAAUGCUUGAGGUUCCCAAAAAAAAAAAAAACUAUUUAUUUGUAAAUGUUUAUUUAGUAAACACUAUCCUCCCUGUGAUUAUUUAUGUUGAUAAUAUUUAACGCUCGUUUUAUAGUAAAGUGGGUCAUCUUCCUUACUCAGCCGGUGGCAACUCCUGUUCACGGGCAACUACAUAAAGCAGUAACGGCACCGCUAAUGCCCGACACUCCCUGGGUGGGUUCAUCAAGUCAUUGGUAUCACCGUGAAUCUAGGGGAUUGAGGAGCCGGCUAUUUACAUGGCCGAUCGGUCUGAUCAGGAAGGGCCUUCUGAAGGCUCGACUCGGUAUGGAGUUCCGGCUAAGGUUUUGGCGUUCUUCUGGUGAAUUUUUGUCCUGAAUCUCCCGUUAGGCGGCCCUUAUGUUUGCGCUUUAACACCCAAGAGACACAGCUCGAAUCAUUCCACUGGUGAAUUGUAGCCCCGUGUUCUGAUCUGCUUGUGUGAGACAGCGAUAUGUGUGUGUGAGAGCUUAGAAACGGUCUUCCAGGCACAUUCACCCCAAUCCGCAAUACAUCAUUUACUGUAGAUAUAGAAGCCUGUGUUUGGUGACAAACUGUUCUCUGUUUUAACCAGAGGGUGGAUUUAGUGGUUCUGAAGUUAGCUUGGGAUUUGCAUUCUAAUCAAUGACUGCAUUUAGCAUUUUCCAAUCACUUUAGGAGCACUACAUUUGGAUCACAACCUUUUACAUUUGGAUCAAACAACCUUUAACGAUUUUGCCAUACAUAUAAGAUCCCCUAGUGAAUUCUUGAACACAACGGGCUACUUCUAAUGUACACAGAUUAAGCUUGGUCCUGGGCAACAAAAACAGUUUUUUCCACGGACUGGGCUUAAUCUGUGUCCGCGAUCCGACCUGGGGAGUAGCUGUUUGUUCGUGCAGCAACACGUUUCAGGCCACAUGCAACAAGACACACAAUGUAAUUUAUUUCUAAUGGAUGGUGCUUUGGGUAUUUUACCACAUCUACAGUACACUGCCAAUAUUGCCAUAUCCGCAGUGCAUAAUGGUAGGUAAUCACAGUGCUUCGUAGCGUACUACUGCCAGCAAGCUUAGGGUUCACUCAAAUCAAACCUGCAUUGCAGCAUUUACGCAGUUGCUAUUUUUCCGAUGGUCAAACGAACUCGCAAACUGGACUUGGGUGCUGUAUAAAACUUAAAUGGUAAUGGUUGUAUACAAACGUGCUACUACGAUCAUUAACAGAACGAGAAGUGUUGCGAGCACAGGACGAAUGUUUUAAAUGCUGUGUAAACAUUGCUAUGGUAGAAUUGAAUGAAUCCCAGCUAACGUUUUACCUUUUACACAUUUUUAAAAGUACUGUUUUAUAGUGGAUUUAUUGCUCAUGGUAGGGAAUACGAGGCUGUAUUUAACAAAAGUACCUGCCAACUGAGUUGUCUGAGUGUGAAUAUUUGUAUCCCUAUUCACUUUUCCAUUCCUUCUGGUACAGACUGGGAUUCAGUAUGAUCGCAGGUUAUAUGCAUUGCAUACUUUUGAAGACAGUUGUUGAUCGAGACGAAUUAAGAAUCAUUUACCGUGAUCCAGGAUCUAAGAACAACGCUUCUUCAGAAAGCCAAAAUCCCUAGGACCUAUGAUUGGAGUGAAUCCCAGCCCUAGUCCCCGUUUUCUGCAAGCGGGAGCUAGUCCUUCACCACAAAACGAUGGAGAGGAGAAAUAGUUCGGCCUAUGUGUCUUAUCCUUUAGACUCUAAUCUUUUCUUUUUUCAAAAUGAAAACUGAAUGAGACAUUCUGUCAAUACGGAAAUGUGAACUCACAUUUUGCAAUCUGGAGGGGGGGGGGGGGUUGUUCGGUAAAGGGAGUAGGGGAGAAACGACGACAAUGUUUGUUUUGCACCUUAGACUUUUCUACUCCAUUGUUCUCAUGACAGUCAUCAACUUGUUGACGAAACAUUGUAUAUAAAACUAAUAAACGUCUUUACAAACGUC